AUGGACUUGCCAAAUCCACACGUGGCACUCUUUGCAAGCCCCGGCAGCCAUCUAAUUCCUCUGGUAGCCCUCUCCAAGUGCUUGUUCUCCCUGCAUGGCUUCCACUCCACCAUCUUCGUCGCCUCAGCUCCCACUACCACUUUCCUAUCUAAAGUCGAAUCCCUAAACCUCCCCUCCGCCAUCCGCAUCGUCCAUCUAUCGCCGCCCAAUAUCUCCACCUUUGUCACUCGUCAAACAGCCGUCGUCUCCUGUAUCCACAUCAUCGUCAGAGAAUCAAUCCCAGCCUUACGAGCUGCUAUUGCUGACAUGUCACGGCAACCCACUGUCCUGGUCGUUGAAAUGUUCGGCACCAGUGCUUUCACCGUCGCAGAAGAGCUAGACAUCCCCAAAUACCUCUACAUCCCGAUGACGGCAGCUUACUUGGCGUUGAUGGUGUCCGUGCCGACGCUGCAUAAGGAGAUAAAGGGCGAGUACGUGGACAUGCAGGAGCCGCUUUGCAUCCCAGGUUGCAAGCCGAUUCGGGCGUAG